GCAAUCACGGCAUUUUUUUCAUUGCGAGUUUUAGAAAACCAUGACUUGAGCAGCAACUUUGGAAGGUGCCAAUGACUUUACCAAUCAGCCAGAACUCGCCAGUCUACAGCGCGCCGCCGACAGAAGAGAUGCUGUCCAAGCUGAUUUAUGUCAAGUGGUGCGUUUUGGUGACUUACCUUUGUGCAAUAGGGCUUUUUGUGGCAGAUGCAGAUGAGCCUUUUGGUCCGCUGAACGACCUCUUCGUGGCCUGCUUCGGCACCUUUCUUCUGAAAGAGGACCCAGCUUUGGCUCCGUGCUUUCGCUGCUUGCAGGAGACUGGGCUGGGUGUCAUGAGCGAUGGCGGCUUGAGCUGUUUGCUCCCCUAUUUGCUGAUGGCGUCCUUGAACUGCGCCUUUGGCCUGCUGAGAGUGUACACCUUUGCCACAAAGUAUGGCAGCCUGUUGCCAUGCUCUCAGAGGCCGGUGUGCUAUCUCCCGGUCUUGGUCUUCUUUAGCUCCUUGAGCCAGCUAGUGGCUAGUUGCUUGUGCUGGAAGGUGUAUAAGUUGCUGCAGAUGCAAGCCAUGGAUUAUCUUCAAGUCGAGGCAGUUCCCAGUGCCCCCGGGGCACCUGUGCACCACCGGCGGCAUUCCCAUACGGGAGUGCGCGGCUCACGUCGCUCUUCACGGCAAGGACAUGCGCCAGGCGAACUCCUUCCGUUCCAGGGCACAAUGUCGCAGCUUAGCCGGGAGGCUCCAGCGAACACUGUUUGAGCUGGGCGUUUCGGCGUUUCGUUUCACAUCCGUCGGCCUGGCGGUGGCAUGAGUCAAAGUGGACCAUGCAGAGCCUAGUGUUUGGGUGGUUACAAAAACCCCAACAGAACUCUCAGGGCUUGGUAAAUGUCUGAAACACC